AUGACUUCAUCGCAGGCAGCCGCAUACUCUCCUCGGGUUUACCCGCUGGAUGCCCAUAAGCUGACAGAGGAGGAAAUAGCGGUCGCUUUUGCCAUGACCUCCCGAAGGCCCGAGCCCUUUGACGAGAUAGCGGACCAAGUCAGCCAGGAGAAGGCAGCCGACUUCCACGAACGCUGGGUGCUGGGUUACGGUCAUGCUUCGGUGGCUGAGCACGCCGUAGUCCAUUUGGCGGUGGAGAACAUUUCCCGGAUGGCCUGCGACACCCUCGAAGACAACCGACUGGCUUCCUAUACCGAAAAGUCCUCCCGUUAUCAGGUAAUGCCCCAGGACUACUACCAUGUCCCUUCGGAGCUGGACGGCAACCAGCAAGCCCGCACCGCAUACAUUUCCGCGGCCAGGGGGCUAUUUGACAGUUACCAUCGCCUGCUUGACGCCUGCAUGGAAUAUUUGCGCCGCGCCGAUGCGCAAAGGGAGCAGGAGAGAGAUGGAGCCUACAACCUGCGCUUGCGCCGUAUGGCCACUGACAGUUGCCGGGCAGUUUUGCCUGCGGCCACUCUCACCAACGUGGGCGUAACCGCAAACGCCCGGGUGCUGGAACAUGCCAUAUCCAAGCUGAUGUCAUCAGGCUUGUCGGAAGAGCGGGACUUGGGGGAGCAAAUGCGGGAGCAGGGACGCCAGAUUACCCCCACCCUCAUAAAAUAUGCGAACCGGAACAAGUUCCUGGAGGCGUCGCUUCAAAGGGACUGGCAGCUGGGCUUACCGAUUGAUGAACUUUCAUCCGGCUCACCGUCAAUCACCGUCCGGCUGGUCCAACUCGACCCACUUGCAGAAGAAAGGUUGGCAGCAGCCCUUCUUUUCAGACAAUCGUCGUUGGAUUACGAGAGUGUUUGGUUACAGGCCACGGAAAUGAGCCAGGAUGAUCGAUUGGGCUUGAUCGAAGGCUUCAUGGGCCACCUUGGCGACCAUGAUGCUCCCUUGAGGGAGUUCGAACUGGUGGAUUACGUCUUCGAGUUCGUGAUGGAGUACGGGGCAUAUCGGGAGUUCAAGCGUCACCGGAUGCAAUCAUAUUUUCAUCAGGCCUUGACUCCUGACUUGGGCUUCAAAGUGCCUGAACUCUUGAUGAAAGCCGGACUUGGAACUGAGUUCCAGUCGGCAAUGGACCUUUCGGUACGGGGCUACCGGCAAGUGGCACAGUAUUCUCCGUUGGCAGCCCAAUACCUCGUAACGCACGGACACUAUCGCCGAGUUCUUGCCAAGAUCAACCUGCGGGAAUGCUAUCAUCUGUUCAAGUUGAGGUCAUCAGGACAGGCCCACGAGUCAGUACGUGAACCUGUAAUAGAAGCAAUGCGUCUGGCCGUGGAAGCACACCCCCAGCUCUUUCGCUGGCUAAGGCUGCGGGAGUUCCCGGAGUGGUGGCCUUUCAAUAGUUAA